AAUCUUGCCGCGAGGCCGCUCAAGUCCUCGCCCCCGCCUCGCCCUCCCUCCUCUUCCUCCUCCUCCUCCGUCAGCGGCGGCGGCGUCGCGGCGACAACGUUCACCCGGCUCCCGCUCCGCGACGCGCCGGAGUCAGCGGAGGUCCCGCUCGACCGGUUCCCCACCGCCCCGGCCAACCCGGAGGCGCCAGCACCCGCUCCCACACGCGGGAACGGUGUCCAGCGGCUGGAGGACGAGGAGGAGUUCGAGGUGGGGUUGGGGGCCACCUCGUUCGCGCAGAUUCCGCUGCGGGACUCGCCGGACGGUGUGGAGCUCACCAUUGGCCAGUUCGACGCCCGCGUGGCCGGUGGGAAGAGCGCGGGAGGCCGCGGGUUCGCGCGGCAAAUGGUCGAACACCUUGAAGACGACGGUGACGAGGAGUUCGUCGUCAACAGCCGAGACGUAUUUGAGGUCAAAAGGGGGCGGAAUGCUCGGGCUGUUGUACCCGAGGUGCUCGACGACGACGAUGACGUCGUGGUGUUCGACCCGGACUACGGCGUCGACAGCGACGACGAGGAGGAAUUCCACAUGUUCCCGAUCAAGCAAAGUCACGAAGCUGGUGCCACUCCACGCACGGAACUGGGAGAGCUAGAGUACGACGAGGAAGAAGACGACGACGACGAUGAGAUUGUAGUGUUCCACCCAGACUACGACGACGAGGACGAGGACGAGGACGAGGAGGCCUUUGAGGAGGACGACGACUACGAGGAAGGGGACGGGGAGGCGAAGGAGAAGGGCGUGCCCGCCGUGAUGCGUUGCUUCGACACGGCCAAGAUAUUCGCCAAAGCCGGGGACGGCGGCAACGGCGUGGUGGCUUUCCGCCGCGAGAAGUACGUGCCGUACGGGGGCCCCUCGGGCGGCGACGGCGGCCGCGGGGGCGACGUGUACGUGCAGGUGGACGGGGAGAUGGACUCGCUGCUGCCGUUCCGCAAGUCCGUGCACUUCCGCGCCGGCCGCGGCGCGCACGGCAUGGGCCAGCAGCAGGCUGGCGCCAAGGGCGAGGACGUCGUGAUCAAGGUCCCGCCGGGGACGGUGGUGCGGUCGUCGGACAAUGGCGUGGAGCUGCUCGAGCUGAUGAAGCCUGGGCAGCGCGCGCUGCUGCUUCCAGGUGGGCGCGGCGGCCGCGGCAAUGCGGCGUUCAAGUCCGGCACAAACAAGGUGCCCAGGAUCGCAGAGAAGGGGGAGAAGGGCCCAGAAAUGUGGCUAGCUUUGGAGCUAAAGUUGGUUGCUGAUGUGGGGAUUGUAGGUGCUCCAAAUGCUGGAAAGAGCACUCUCUUGAGUGUUAUUAGUGCUGCCAAACCAACUAUAGCCAAUUAUCCUUCCAUAACAUUACUGCCAAAUCUUGGAGUUGUCUCGUUAGAUUUUGAUGCUACCAACUAGCGCCAGGAUGCAGUCCUCCCUCAGCGCCGCCGCUCAACGGCUCGCAAAGGGGCAUUUUUCCACCCGCGCAAGCGCGAGCAGUGGCCCCGUGCCGCCGUCCGUCCUGUCGCCCUUGCCCGUGCCUGAAGCUCACGCGGGGCUUCUCCUUCGCCCGUUCGGGGGGCCGCCUCGGGGCCGAUUCAUCAGUAGCACGGCGACGCUGUCGUCGAACUCCAACUCGAAGCCUGAAGCGCCGAGAGCCGCCAACAAUCCAGCGACGGGAGGAGCGUCGUCGAACUCCAACUCGAAGCCUGAAGCGCCGGGAGCCGCCAACAAUCCAGCGACGGGAGGAGCGUCAUCAGCGCCUGUUCCACCUUUGCACCUUAUGUCAUUCGGUGGCCCACAAGGUAGCAAGCUGCGUGAUUCAGAAGAGUUCCUUCAGCAAAAUGAAGUGUUGCAGACUCUGCCGAGGGACAGGCGGAUCUUGCCCGUUAGUGGUCACACACACCUGUUUCCUGACUUGGGCCGUGAGCUCUUCAGAUCAGCCUUGCUGAUACCGUUCGUGUCCCACCUCCGAAAGUGUACCAGCGAAGGAGUCUUUGAGGGCAAUGUUGGAGUUAUAGAGGAACUCAAUGCGUUUGGUCUGAAGGAGGUGUUCCCUUAUCAAGUUGAUGAUCUUACUGAUGACAUGAUGCCAAAGAAUUUUUAAGAGGCUCGUGACUACGCUGUUGGGAAGUUUGAGAAGAUUUAUGGGAAGAGUAUUCUCGAUCAAUUUUCCAGCUAUCAAAGCCCUGAAUGAACAGAUCGACACAUUACCACUUUAUCCAUUAAAGAUCGUGAACAAUGUAGCCUUGCUUUCAAAGGAGAACACAGCAGUACUCAACCAAAGAAUGCAUGAUUUGCUAUUGAAGGUAAUCCCAUUCCAGUACCCGCACAAGGUCAAGAGUGCUACUGCAGCCCAAUUACGUGUCAUACACAGGAAAGACCGCCCCUGUCACUUCCAGUGGUAAAUUCUGGCUCUCGAUUGCUCGGAGAAACCCUUGGUUAGGAAACUGGAUCGAUUAUGCUGACAGGUCCAAGCCCAAUCGUUCAUCGUCUAGUACAAGUCUGCUGAAACAUCACCGGCACGGUUGCAGUGCCCACCGAAUGGAGAAUUAUGUUGAGACAACUGUCAUCAGAUUACCCAUUGGAAGCCCAAGAUGGCACAAUUUGACAGCUCAACCAAUCACAAGGGGUGAGGUGCUCGAUCUGUACUCUUACUCUUAUCCGGAGUUCACUUUUAAGACGUAUGAUGCAUGUGAGCGGGAGGGACUGGCUGGUUAUCUGAACAUCAAUGAUCUGUUCCAUGUCCCGACGUGGUACAGCUGAUGCUACCCAUGUGUCUGUGCCAGCGGAGAUGAAGCUAUUGAAUCAUCACAUCUUCUAAUAUGCUCAUGCUUUGUCUGGCUAAUGUUUACAUUGAUGCUCUAGCUAUUUAUGCCUUCUGGAACUCUGUAAUGUACUUAAGAUUUGUCGGUGUUCUCGUACUAUGUACUAUGCCUGUGAAUGGCCGUCGGACGCCUCUUAGAUCAUUUUGUUUGUGCCGUGAUGUUCUGCUAUAUUUGAUUUCAAUAGAGCUUCAGAACCACUUGUGUUA